AUGAGAGAAAUCUUGCACAUCCAGGGAGGGCAAUGCGGGAACCAGAUCGGAGCCAAGUUCUGGGAGGUCAUUUGUGACGAACACGGUAUCGACCACACUGGAAAGUACAGCGGCGACUCCGAGCUCCAACUCGAACGCAUCAACGUCUACUACAAUGAAGCCAGCGGCGGAAGGUACGUUCCUCGUGCCGUCCUCAUGGAUCUCGAACCCGGCACCAUGGACUCCGUCAGAUCCGGCCCCUACGGCCAGAUCUUCCGCCCUGACAACUUCGUCUUCGGCCAAUCCGGCGCCGGCAACAACUGGGCCAAAGGUCACUACACUGAAGGUGCCGAACUCAUCGACUCCGUCCUCGACGUCGUUCGCAAAGAAGCUGAAAAUUGCGAUUGCUUGCAAGGGUUUCAGGUGUGCCAUUCUCUUGGGGGUGGAACCGGUUCUGGCAUGGGGACGCUUCUGAUCUCGAAGAUUCGUGAAGAGUAUCCGGAUCGGAUGAUGUUGACGUUUUCGGUGUUUCCUUCUCCCAAGGUUUCUGACACGGUUGUGGAGCCUUACAAUGCUACCCUCUCUGUUCACCAGCUUGUUGAGAACGCUGAUGAGUGUAUGGUUCUGGACAAUGAGGCUCUCUACGACAUCUGUUUCAGGACCCUCAAGCUCGCUACGCCCACCUUUGGUGACCUUAACCACCUGAUUUCUGCCACCAUGAGUGGAGUUACUUGCUGUCUACGUUUCCCUGGGCAACUGAACUCUGAUCUUCGCAAGCUUGCUGUUAAUCUUAUCCCAUUCCCCCGGCUCCAUUUCUUUAUGGUUGGCUUUGCACCCUUGACAUCUAGGGGAUCCCAGCAGUACCGUGCUUUGACUGUUCCUGAAUUAACACAGCAAAUGUGGGAUGCUAAGAACAUGAUGUGUGCUGCUGAUCCUCGUCAUGGUCGUUAUUUGACUGCAUCAGCAAUGUUCCGUGGUAAGAUGAGCACAAAGGAGGUGGAUGAGCAAAUGAUUAAUGUGCAAAACAAGAACUCUUCAUAUUUCGUUGAGUGGAUACCUAAUAAUGUGAAGUCCAGCGUGUGUGAUAUCCCGCCCAAGGGUCUUAAAAUGGCAUCCACUUUCAUUGGUAAUUCGACUUCAAUCCAGGAGAUGUUCAGGAGAGUUAGUGAGCAGUUCACGGCUAUGUUCAGGCGCAAGGCUUUCUUGCAUUGGUACACUGGCGAAGGAAUGGACGAAAUGGAGUUCACUGAGGCUGAGAGUAACAUGAAUGAUCUUGUUGCUGAGUAUCAGCAAUACCAGGAUGCUACUGCUGAUGAUGAAGAGUACGAAGAAGAGGAAGAUGAGGAGAUUCCAGCUUAA